AUAUAUCAGUGUGUACAGAGCUCGGAGGGGAGAUACUACUGACUGGGUAUGCCGGUGCCCCCACUCCUGGCAUGAUGCUCUGUGGGUGCCAUUCGGCGGCCCCGGGACCACCGUUACGUCCUCUGUCAGGGUGAGCAGGAGGGAGAGGAGCCUUGGGUCUGCUGCCCCCAUCCAGCCCUGUGCACAGCGGGAUUUGCCCGAGUGCCUCUCUCCAGCCCUGAGCUCUGCCCUUGGACUGCCCCAUCAGGCACUGACACCAGUACCGAGGUCCUAAAUUUACCCCUGCACUGAGCACCUGGCAUAUAGAUCUUCUCUAUCACCUCUGAAUCUACUCCUAAACCUACUUUCUGAGAUUGGGAAGUCCCCCUUACACUGCCACCCACCACCUAAAGGCUCUCUGAACUACCCCAGGACGCUGGAAUCUACCCUACUCCUAACUGGAAGUAAACCGUACCCUGGGAUCUACCCCAUCUAGAGCGUAGGGUCUGGUUAUCAUGUGGACUCCAACCGAGGAGGAGAAAUACGGAGUGGUGAUAUGUAACUUCCGUGGAUCUGUGCCUCAUGGAUUGACUCUGGAAUUAGGAGAAACUGUCCAUAUCUUGGAGAAAUGUGAAGGUUGGUACAGAGGAGUCUCUAUAAAGAACCCUGGCGCAAAGGGAAUCUUUCCAGCAAAUAUCAUCCAUUUGAAAAAAGCUACAGUUAGCAACCGAGGGCAGUAUGAGACCGUGGUACCCGUGCAAGAUCCUGUUGUCACAGAGGUGACAACCACACUGCAAGAAUGGGCCGCCCUCUGGAAGCAGCUAUAUGUGAAGCACAAGGUGGACCUAUUUUACAAGCUUCGUCAUGUGAUGAAUGAAGUCAUUGACCUCCGCAGGCAGCUUCUGUCCGGUCAUCUUACACAAGACCAGGUGCGAGAGGUCAAGAGACACCUGACCGUGCGUCUGGAUUGGGGCAAUGAACACCUGGGCCUGGACUUAGUUCCCCGCAAGGAAUUUGAGGUCGUAGAUUCAGAUCAAAUUAGUGUAUCUGACCUUUACAAAAUGCAUCUCUCGAGUCGGCACAGUGUUCAGCAGAGUACAAACCAGGCAGACACCCUGAGGCAGCGUCACAAAGAGCCACGUGCUCCCGUGCCUCACCACCUACUGCUCAAUUUAAAGAGCUUUACUCACAGCAACAUUGGGGAAGAUGUGGACUUAUUCUUCUCACUGUACGAUAUGAGGGAAGCACGUCAGAUAAGCGAGAGGUUUAUGGUGCGUCUGAACAAGAAUGGCGGACCCAGGAACCCGGAGAAGAUGGAGAGACUAUGUGCAUUAUUCACGGAUUUGAGCAGUAAAGAUGUAAAACGGGACCUGCAUCUUGUGGUUCAUGUCAUCAGAAUAGGCCGUAUGCUUUUGAAUGACUCGCGGAAGGGACCCCCACAUGUCCAUUAUCGGCGCCCAUAUGGCUGUGCUGUGUUGAGUCUUGGCGAAGUGCUUCCAGCAUUGUGCGAACAUCGAGAUGAGAAGGACUUUGUGCUGAAGGUGUAUAUGUGUAAUAAUGAGAGUGAAUGGUACCAGAUUCACGAGAACAUCAUCCGUAAGACCAGCACCAAGUACUCUACACCAAGCUCCAACUAUGGGCUAAUUGUAUCAUUGCAGCUUCUGCGUGGAGAAAUGGAUCAGAUCCGUAGGGAAAAUCAGCUACUGUUUACCAGGGGCGCAGCUGUGACACGCAAGCUGGGAUUUCCUGACGUCAUCAUGCCAGGUGAUGUUCGCAAUGACCUGUAUGUGACGCUGGAGAAAGGAGACUUUGAAAGGGGAGGCAAGAGUGUGCAGAAGAAUAUUGAAGUCACCAUGCAUGUUCUGUAUGCUGAUGGAGAAAACCUUAGGGACUGUGUCAGUCUGGGUACGGGAGAGCCCCCACGGAGUCAGUACCACUCCUUUGUUUUAUACCACAAUAACAACCCACGCUGGGGAGAACUGGUCAAACUACCCAUCCCAAUCGAUAGAUUCCGUGGAUCACAUCUACGCUUUGAGUUCAGACACUGCUCCACGAAGGAUAAAGGGGAAAAAAAACUUUUUGGAUUUUCAUUCACUCCUCUAAUGAGGGAUGAUGGGACAACGCUCUCUGACGACAUCCACGAACUCUAUGUUUAUAAGUGUGAUGAGAACAGCACCUUCAAUAACCAUGCUCUGUACUUGGGACUUCCAUGCUGUAAGGAUGACCUCAGUGGGUGCCCUAACAUCCCAUCUAGUCUGAUCUUCCAGCGCAGCCCCAAAGAGACCUUCUGUAUCUCCACUCAGCUAUCCUCCACCAAGCUCACUCAGAAUGUUGACCUACUGGCUCUCUUGAAGUGGAAGGCCUACCCAGAUCGGAUACUUGAUAUUCUUGGGCGCUUAAGGCAUGUGAGCGGAGAAGAGAUUGUGAAGUUUUUGCAGGAUAUUCUGGACACUCUGUUUGUCAUUCUGGAUGAUAACACCGAGAAGUAUGGCUUGCUUGUCUUCCAGUCACUGGUUUUCAUCAUCAAUCUCCUCCGAGAGAGUAAAUAUUUCCAUUUCCGCCCAGUCUUGGAUACCUAUAUUCAGAAACACUUUGCUGGUGCUCUGGCAUACAGGGAGCUGAUCCGAUGUUUGAAGUGGUACUUGGAACGUUCAGCGGAACUUGUGAGACAAGAUCAUAUCCAGGAAGCUAUGAGGGCUUUGGAGAACCUCUUUAAGUUCAUCGUCCAGUCACGUAUGCUCUUUGCUCGCUCCACGGGAGGUUUGGAGGAGGAGCAAUUCCGCUGCAGUAUCCAUGAUCUCUUCCAGUCCAUGCGAUUUGUCCUAAGUUUAGAUACUCGUAGCUCGGACACUCUGCUAUUCACCCAGCCUCCUGCGGCUGGAGGACAGGGGAGUGAAACAGGAGAUACUGCCUCUCAAAACACAGGGGCCUCUUCAAACUCACCCACAGUCUGCUUUGCUGCACUCUUAAACUCCUUCCCAGCAAUCUUUGAGGAACUGCUGCCCAUGUUCUCUGUGACUGAGGUGGCAGAGUUUGUUCGUGGCACACUCAGCAGUUUGCCCAGCACUCUGCACCUAGGACAAUCAAUGGACGUGGUGAAGCUGCAGGCUAUUGGCCGCACAGUGGAUUGCCAGCUGUUUUCAUACCCAGAAGCUCGAAGGAUUCUCCUGCCUGUGGUUCUUCAUCACAUCCACUUGCACUUGCGGCAGCAAAAGGAGCUUCUUGUCUGCUCUGGGAUUCUCAGCAGCAUCUUUUCCAUCAUCAAGAGCAGCUCCACGGAAGUGGAUGUCGGAGAGGAGGUACAGAUGCUCCAGGAGAGUCUGCUAGAUGUGCUGCUUCAGACCCUGCUCAUAAUCAUGAGUAAAUCUCAGGCCCAGGAGGCGGUAAGAGGCCAGCGGUGCCCCCAGUGUACAGCAGAAAUAACUGGGGAGUAUGUCUCCUGUCUUCUUUCUCUGCUGCGUCUAAUGUCAGAUACUCACUACCAGCAUCUACUGCACAACUUCCAAAGCAAGGAGGAGCUAAAGGAAUUCCUACUCAAGAUCUUCUGUGUCUUUCGGAAUUUGCUGAAGUUGAGUGUUUUCCCACCGGACUGGACAGUAAUGAGACUCCUCGCCAGCAACAUCAUAGUGACGACUGUUCAGUAUGUCUCCCCCGCCGUGCACAAGAACUUCUGUGAAGGGGACUUUGAUUUUAAGGUGUGGAACUCGUACUUCAGCUUGGCUGUUCUGUUCAUUAACCAGCCCAGUCUGCAGCUGGAGAACUUUGCUGCAGGAAAGAGGAGAAGGAUCUUGGACAAGUAUGGAGAUAUGCGAGUCAUGAUGACAUAUGAGCUAUUCAACAUGUGGCAGAAUUUGGGAGAGCACAAGUAUCACUUUAUACCAGGGAUGAUUGGCCCUUUUUUAGGAGUGUCUCUUGUCCCUCAGCCAGAAGUUCGAAAUAUAAUGAUACCCAUUUUCCACGAUAUGAUGGAUUGUGAGCAGAGACGCAAUGGUAACUUUAAACAGGUAGAGGCUGAACUUAUUGACAAAUUGGACACGUUAGUUUCUGAGGGGAAAGGAGAUGAAAAUUACCGGGAGCUGUUCAGUCUUCUCUCUCAGCUGUUUGGUCCAUACCCGAGUCUAUUAGAGAAGAUUGAACAGGAAACAUGGAGAGAACCAGGUGCUUCAUUUGUGACCUCGGUAACUCGUCUAAUGGAGAGACUUCUAGACUACAGGGAUUGUAUGAAAGGUGAAGAGACAGAAAACAAGAAAGUUGGCUGCACAGUAAACCUUAUGAAUUUCUACAAAUCAGAAAUAAAUAAAGAAGAGAUGUACAUCAGAUAUAUUCAUAAACUGUGUGACAUGCAUCUACAGGCAGAAAGCUUUACAGAGGCCGCAUUCACUCUGCUUCUCUACUGGGAGUUGUUACAGUGGGAGGAUCGCUCUCUGCGGGAGUUCCUAAAUUACCCAGCGCAAAGCGAAUGGCAGCGGAAGGAAGGUUUGAGCCGCAAGAUAAUCCACUAUUUUAACAAGGGCAAGUGCUGGGAGUUUGCGAUUCCUCUAUGCAGAGAACUUGCUGCGCAGUAUGAGAAACUGUAUGAUUAUCAGAGUCUGAGCUGGAUCCUGAAAAUGGAGGCCACCUAUUAUGACCACAUUAUGGACCAGCAGAGACUGGAACCAGAGUUUUUCCGAGUGGGGUUCUAUGGAAAGAAGUUUCCUUUCUUCUUGCGAAACAAAGAAUUUGUGUGCAGAGGCCAUGAUUACGAGCGUUUGGAGGCAUUUCAACAACGGAUGCUGAGCGAGUUCCCACAGGCUAUAGCAAUGCAACAUCUGAACCAUCCUGAUGACACCAUCCUGCAGAGUGACUCGCAAUACUUGCAGAUUUAUGCAGUAACACCUCUCCCAGACACCCCACGAGUUUUACAAAUGGAUCAGGUUCCUGAGAGAAUUAAGAGCUUUUAUCGCGUAAACAACGUACGCAGGUUCCGAUACGACCGACCGUUCCACCGCGGACCAAGAGAUAAGGACAAUGAAUUUAAGAGUCUAUGGAUAGAACGCAGCACUCUGACACUGUCUCACAGCCUCCCAGGGAUCUCAUGCUGGUUCGAAGUACAGAAACGAGAGCUGGUGGAGGUAAGCCCCUUGGAGAAUGCACUGCAGGUCUUGGGCAACAAAACACAAGAACUUCGAGCUCUCAUCACGCAGUAUCAGCACCACACACUACAUGGGAAUAUCAAUUUGCUCAGCAUGUGCCUGAAUGGAGUCAUAGAUGCAGCCGUGAAUGGUGGUAUAACACGCUAUCAGGAGGCAUUCUUUGACAAGGAUUACAUCACACAGCACCCUGAAGAUGCUGACAAGAUCAGCCAACUAAAGGAACUUAUGCAGGAGCAGGUGCAUGUACUAGGUGUGGGUUUAGCUGUACAUGAGCGCUGCGUGCACCCCGAGAUGCGGCCGCUCCACAAGAAGCUGGUGGAUCAAUUCCAGGUCAUGCGUUCUAGCCUGUACCAGGAGUUUCCGACCUUAGAAAGGUUAAGUACUUCUUGCCCGCCCAUCCCCCGGAGUAACAUCAUGUUAUCUCACGGACCCGUGAGCAACGACAGUCUGCGACUGCUUCACCGCCACAGUCCUCUGGUGGUUCUGAGCUCCGUGCGUCAUUCCUCGUCCUCUCUCUCGUCACAUGCCUCUAGUGACACUGGAACAACACCCACCGCUGGAGACAGUGAGACAGAGGACCCCUACUCCAUGCAGAUGCUGCUACCACACUCUCUCCAUGCAGGGUCCAUCACUAAUGUUUCUGCACUAUCUUCAUCUUACACAAGUCCUUCCUCUUCAAGUCUCAGUUCCACACACUCUGCCCCAUCACAGCUCAUCAAUUCUGCACCUUCCAGCACACGAGGUUCUCCAUCUCUCCCCGAUAAAUACAGACAUUCACGAGAUAUGGUAAUGCUACUUCCAGCGCCAAGGGACAGACCCAGCAGUGCCAUGUACCAAACAGGCGCAGACAGCGGGCAGCGCUGUGUGUACCCUCGUGCACUGUUCCAGCAAGUCCUGGGCCCCUGUAAGCCAUGCAGUGACCCCAACCUAUCUGUAGCAGAGAAAGUGCUUGCCGCCCCCAGUAGUUGGAGUCUGGAUAGUGGGACCAGAGAAUCUAUUCCUUUCUUGACAUCACACAUUGGAAGCGUCCUCACCCCAACAGGAACCCCCAGGGGCUUGACACAGGGUCAUUACUCUCUGCACUUUGAUGCUUUUCAUCCCUCUGUGGGGGAGGCUGCCCCAGCGCUACCCACGAGAUCCCUGCGCAAGAGCCCUCUACAUACCAUCCCUGCCUCCCCCACCAGCCCUCAGUCGUGCUUAGAUGGCAGUAACUCUCCUCUCUCGGGCAGCGCUAGCAGUGGUGUUUCUUCUCUGAGUGAGGGCAACUUCUCUGGAUGCCCAGACCCCAGUUCCACUACAGACCACAGAGCCGAUGAAGAACAAAGUGGAGGCUACCAGCACUACCCUCCUGUGCGGUAUAGCCUCUCUGACCCUAAUGGCCUGGAGCCUCCCAAGCUCCAGCCCUGCCGUAGUCACUCAGCACCCAGUGGAGUCACACCACCCAGGUCUCCCAGUGGUGAGCACGAAGAGGGAGGUGUAGAACAGGAGCGAAUACAGAGGUCCAGGAGAAACUGCCCUGGGGGCAAAGAACAGCAGGCAAGGGUUGGGUGGGACCACAACAUAGGCAAACCAUAGCCAGGGGUUGCACGGGAGGAGCAAAGAGUACACCAGGAGGCAAAGGUUAAAGGUGUGUUGGGUUGUCUGUGUUUUAGGAUGAGAGAUGAUGAUAUGGUUACUACGGUCUCUAUUAUGGUAUGAUGAGAGAUGGCCCUAUAUAUAUUUCUGUAUUAGGCAAAUUGUAAAUCUGCUUGUCAUUUGUAAAAUAGGUGGACAUAACAAAACAGCAGAGUGGCAUCUUUUAGCCAUUGGACCCACCUAAAUGGCUUCUAAAUGUGGCUGCCCCAUCAUUUCCCGCCAAAAGAACCCUCUGGUGAAUUGUGAUGUAGUCUGAUUUAGCUCCAAACAAAUUUCCACUCACCAGGUUUUAUAAAUCAGAGUAGCCCGGGAAUAGUUGACCCUUUCCAUCCUACCCCUACCAAUGUGUAAUAGGACCAGCAGAGAAGCACAUAUCCCAGAUCUCUGCAGGCUAAAAAAGAACAGAGAAGAACAUAUCAGUACAGUAUGAGGCUUUCAUAAUCUAUAGAUAUACCUAGAUAUAUGUAUAGAUGCAGAUAUAUGCCUCUUAGGAUACCAUGGCUUCUCUGUUUCUUCAUAUUUAACACAUUUUACUAAAUAUAGUUUCUUGAAAGAGAAAAAAAUCAUAACUACAUUAAAUAUAUACUAUAUAUGCAUUGCUUUAUUAGAAUGUGAUAAAUAUAUAUAGUUAAAUUGCUAUUUUUAGCAACCAUGGAAGAAUUUUUUUUCCCUGCACACCUAUUGACACCUCAUGCUCAAAAGAACACAUUAAAAAACGUUUUUUUAAUUAGAUUUGCUCAUUUUUAAGUUUAGAAUACUUGCCCUCCUUUGUUUGUUUUUUUAAAUAACAAAUGAUUUUGUAUGAGAAGCAUUGCUGCUUUGGGUGUUAUCAUGCUGUGAAUGAGGAUGCCUCACAUGGCAGCCUUCAAAAAUUUAAAGGUGUAUGGCAGUGCCACUUCUGUCAUAUAGCCACUAGAGGUGCGGUUACUAUCAAAUAUAAACUUUGACAUUUCACAGAAAUGGCAAGGUUCCAACAAAAAUGACAGCAUCUAUGCACCAAAACCACUACAUUAAUGUGCAAUGAUUUUGUUGCCUAGAGUGACCUUUUCAAAAAGACUGAGAAAUUGCUUGUAGGAGAAGGUGCACAAAAUAUUAUUCCCCAGGACAGGCUAAAAACAUAGCAUAUUAAUCUCUUUACACACCCACACUUAUCACACUACAAUACAUAAUCACACGUUUAUAAAAAUUUAUAUACAAAUAUUUACACACAAACAUAUAAAUGGUAAUCAAUAAAAAUUACCCAGACUUAAAAGUAGCCAAAGUAGGCCUCAAAAAUUAGAUUCACGCAUGUGUAUUUAUAGACUUUAGCCUAUUUGAGGACAUGAUUAGAGGAAUUAAGGUUAUAGCAAAAGGCAAAGAGGCAAACUAAAAGACAGUAGAUGUCUUUUGGGGCAUUAGCAUUGGAGUUUGGGUAUGCAGAGAGAAAAUUAACCCUAAUCCAACACUAAUCCUUACAGAUACAACAGUCUAAAAACAGCAAACACUAUAUGA